UCGUUCAAAAUAAAUUUGUGUUCACGGAAUUGUCAGCAAAGUGACAGUUUGUAGAAAAAUAUCACCCAAAAUCGAUAAUGAAGCUGCUUGUAAUUUUAUUUCCUUUAUUUUAUUUAGUUUAUUGCAAAAAGGAAUCUGCUUCAGAUCUUUAUGCUUUGUUAAAUGAUCCACGGAUGUUGUCAGCAAUUGAAAAACGACUGAAACUUUUUGAUGACGAAAAUGAACCGUUUUCGGAUGAACAAGUUGGUUGUUAUGAAAAAUCAGCUACAUUAGGACUUGGAUGCACAUUUACAGCAAGCAGUAAUCUGAUAAUUAAAACGAACGAAUCUUUACAGAGAGGUGCUGAAUUUUUGAAUGAUUUUGUAAAUAUAAGCUGCCCAAGAGAGUGCACUACUCGUUGCUGUGAGCAUCCUUCAUGUGACACUGCAGUUUACCAGGAUAAGGGGGAUCGCAAAUGCUUCUUGUUCCACUGUGGAGACUCGGGUGAUUGCGUUUUUUCAUCCCACAGUGAUUAUUGGAGACUGACCAUUUCCGAGGCCACCCAUAAUUCUCAUAGUUAUGUACCAGGAGGCGCCACCCAUAGUCAUGAAAAUGAGUUGGAAAAUUUAAGAAAUCAUGACAGACAGAAAGUAACAACUGCUCCACCACAUCUAUCAACUACAGUGAAAACCCCAGUUCCAACACUUCCAGGUCUUAAUGAAGAAUGUCCAUCGUACAACUUGGGUUGUGCUGACAAACAUGCUGAAUGUCUAGGUACCUGUAGAUGUAGAGUCGGAUACCACGAAAAACAUGGAAUCUGCCGAAAGCUGUGUAGUGAUGAAGAAUUUGAGUGUGACAAGUUUUCAUAUGGAACUGAUACUAGACAGUGUAUAUUGAACCGUUAUGUUUGUGAUGACCGCCCUGAUUGUGAUGAUGGGUCUGAUGAAAUCAACUGCCGGGAACAAAAUAAACCUGCAUUCCUGAAUGGAGACGGUAACAACAAUAUUUACAACAAUCCAUUCUAUAAUUCUCAAAGUAAUCAACCAGACGCUCAGUUUUCCUAUGGUUUUCCAGUUAACGGUUUAACCAAUCAGCAACAGGCUGCUAUUUACCCAUCAGCCAAUCAGAUUUAUUCAGCUCCAGGCACAGCCAAUCAGAAUGCUGGAGGACAAUUCUUCUUACCAGGAAUGACCAAUCAGAACGCUGGAGCUUUAAAUUUACUCCCAAUGAAAGGUCAGUACAACCAGCAAUGGCCUUUGAGUAGUGGAGUUGGAUCCCAAAUAUAUCCUAACAACAUACCAUAUCAAGCAGGGCAGCAACAGAAUUUUGUUCCAGCACAGACUGGUUUCAUUCAAAAUCCAGUUCAGCCUGUUCAAAAAGUUAUUCAAAAUGUACAACCAGUCCAACAAAAUAGUGUACAGGGCAAUCAACAAAUUCAGUCUCACCAAGUACCUAGUGCUGUUGUACAGCAAAAUGUUGCUCCAGUUCAGAAAAUUGCAACCAAUGCUCCAGUGUUGAAACAAGACUUGCAAAAAAGUAAAAAUACAGCUCCUGAAAACGAGGUUAAAAGUGACGAAACUGGUUUCCAUCUUGACCACUAUUAUGAUACUGUGACAGAUGAUGUAGAUAUAGAGAAACCUUCACACAGAUAUCCAGACAACCUGAUCUCUCAUAACGAGGUUGGCCGAAACAAACACCCCGAAAAAGGUCUAGAAAGUGGGAAUAAAGUUCCUUACAAAGAUGGCUUAGAAAAGGGCUAUGCAUAUAAUGAAGGUAAAAUGGAGAAUAAGAAUAAUGAUGAAGAAGACCAAGCUUACGAACUUCAUAGACAUUCAGAAGAAACAGAGGAUAAUGAUAAUGAUGAUAACAGAGGAAGAACCUACCCUCCAUCAACAAAAACAAAAACUCAAAUUGCCUCCCCCACUCAAUCUACAGUGUCUGGACAAAAAACAGAGCAAAUUCAUUCAGAGGGGUUUCCAGACUAUUCAUGGCUGAAAUAUGAUGAUGAUUCCCCUAGAGUCAGUGGAAAGAAGGGGAAAAUACAGGCAUCCAGUUCAAGUAUUACUACUGAUUCAAAGGCAAGCAAUACCAGAAAAAAGCCAGGUCUGCUCAAUGUAAAUAGCAGCAAAGACAAAGUACCAAUUGUACAGCAAAAAAUUAAGGAUAAAUAUGUCAAACCUGGUACUAAAGUUGAUCCGAAGAGCAAGUUUGAUGUAGAAGAUAAAGUAGGAAAUGGAAGAUACGAUACGGACAGUCAAUAUCCGGAUGAUUAUAGAUUACCAUUUGAGGAUUAUCAGAGGCCCAGCAGUAAUCGUCGACCAUCAUACAACAGAUAUGACAACAGAUACGACAACAGUAGACGAAGACCAAGCCCAGGAUCGAGAUAUCCAUAUUAUGAUACAGGAUUUCAGCAAGGUUGGAAUAGAGAAAGAGAACAUUAUCCAGUUUGGGAUUCCUUUAAAGAUGAAUACUAUUAUCCUGACGUGUACCCAGAUAGACAAUUAAAUCAUGAUUUAGAUUAUGAUGGUCCUAAAGAUAAGAAGCCAGUACACAUAAGACCUGGAGACAGUGGUAGUAGAAACAGACCAUUCCAAUCUCGACCAGACAAGUUGAAGCAGUCACAGCCAGCUAGUACAACACACAAAACAAUUGAAAAAGUGACUGUACCCACCACACUAAGGCCUGAAACUCCAAGUGCAACAGAUGCUGUUGUCAAAGCAGUUGAACCUGAAGUAGAAACUGAAAAUACAGAUUCUAAAGCUUCUGCUGAUACUGAUAAAUCUGAUGACGAAGAACCAGUCAACAGUGAACAGACAUCUGGUGACCAGUCUGUAGAUGAAAGCUCUUCAACAAAGAGUACAAAACAGAACAACUCAGUGGUGAAUACCGGUGAAGUGAACAGUGAUCACUUGAACAUUUUGAAUGUUGAUGCCGUAGAAGUAGAGAGUUAUACAGAUAGCUUCCAGGGCCCCAUCGUGGCCUUGGCUCUUGGAUUAGCAAUAACAUUGAUGCUGUUAAUCAUCGUAGGAUGUAGGUUACGAACAGUGAAACGACGUUUGAGAAAGGGGAGACAAUUACACUCCAAUGAGGCAGAUUAUCUCAUCAAUGGGAUGUAUCUGUAAAUAUUUGUGAUAUUGUUAUUUCAAAGUUUUUUGAUACAGUUUGAGGGCUGAGGUAUUAUUAUGAAGAUAGAUAUUAUUAUAUUUUGUGUAAUGCGUUGUGAUAAAAAGGAAAUAUGACAUAGGUUUAAGUACAAAUAAUAAACCCAGUAAAUUUGGAUAAUCUUUAACAAGAAAAAAGAUGAUGCUAAAAGAUAAUUUUUCUGAAAUGUGAACAAAGGUGCAUAUUUCAUUUAAUGUAAAAAAAAAUAUGUCAUUAGUAAACAAAUAAACAUAGUAAAUAUGGAUUAUCUAUCAGAUAGUGAAAAUGAUUAUGAAAAUUUUAUUAAAAUGUUCUUAAUUUUUUUUUUUGUGAACUGUUAGUAUCCAUUUUGGAAUUUGAUGUAACAAGUAAAGAGCUAAGCUAGUCUAGAUUUCUGUAGAGGAAAUAAGCAAUUAAAAUAUAGAUAGGUUUUACAUUGUACCCAUGAAUAAGACAGUAGUAAGUUUUAAUAUGAUAUAACAAAUGCUGCCUCCUGCAGCUGUAAAUUUUAAAAGGACUAUUUUUAUCUUUGAAACCUUGGUUGUUAAUUUUACAUAAGAUAUAAAAUGUUUAAAAUGGGUUGUGAGUAGGAUAACAUAAAAUUACAGAACAGCAGUUUUCUAUACCAAUAAUUUUUUUUGAGACCGUAUGUAUGUGUUCAAGUGUAUGUAUGCCUGUUCAAAUCGAUUGAUCUGGGCUUAUUGUAUUUGUCACAAAACUUAAACCUCAACCAACACACAAUAGUCCUUGUACAUACAGCAACUAAACUUCACAAGUGCAUUCUGUACCUGAAAGAUAUACUUGAAGCCAUUUGAAGGUUUCUAGGGUCAAGACUCCCCCUAAUGCGCAUAACUUUCAUUCAAAUGUAGUUUUAGUUCUAUAAUAUAACUAUUACAUUAACUAUUGGUUGAGAUGAACAAAAAACUUGAGCAACUUUGAGAAACAAAGAGACAUUUCUCCUGAACAAACUAAUAACAAUGAAUCUCUAGUAUUAAAGAAUGAAUUGUUGUAAAUGUUUAUAGAUGUUUUCAUGUUUAUUUUUUGUUGUGACUAGAGUUUUUACUUUAUAUACUGUUUGUAUAAGUAUUUUUAAAAAAAAAUUCUAACAUAUGACGUUGUCCAUUAGAUUUGUUAUGAUUUUCAUGUUAGUAUAUACUAAUUCUGUAGAAAUAUAUUUACGGGACCAUGGAGUCACUGGUUUGUUGUUCCAUCAUGUUUUGUUUCUCAUAACAUCUUUUUUUAUUGUCUGAAGUUAAUUCAGUAGGAAUGUUUCAGAAACUUAAACUACUCAUUGGCCGGUAUGAUUGAUAUUUGAGAUAUUUUAUUUAAAUCUACCUUUUAAGGAUUCUACCAUGACAUGUGAUGGGGUUUGAAGUUUGUAGGUUCAAAGGUCACUGAAGUCAAAUUAAAAAAAAAUUGUGUUUUUCUUCCUUUCUCUUAGAGCCAUCAAAUAUUUAACAAUGUUGAUAUUAAAAUGUUUGUACUUUGCUUACAAUUCUAUCAUUGGAUAGGGUUUGAUAGUGUUUAUGGUUUGAAAUAGAUAUUUACAAAUUAGGUUUUUUUCUAUGUUGCAGGCAAAGUAGAAAUAAAGGUAGAUAAAACAGAUUUGAUAUUGUGACACUGUUUUUUUGAUUGUAUAAAUUAUAAACCUAGUAUUAUACAGAUAUUAUACAGUCCUCUGAAGUAUGUAAAGUGAAUUUUGAUUUGUAUGUUUUUCUCGCUCAGAUAUAGCGUUUACUUAUUGUAUUUUUUUUUUACAAUCAUGUCUUUGAUUUAUUCUAUAUUAACACAUUCCCUGUGAUAAUUGUCACAUGUUGUGAGCAUUCCAUUCUAAAGUCUAUUGUUACACUGUUUAUAUUGAUGUUGCAGUUCAUUAGUUCAUUUUUACAAAACAGAUCUGAAUAUGUUUUAAAUAAGUUACAUUUCAUGUAGUUGUCUUUUGAUAAAGAUUACUUUAAUACAUAUUUCAUGCAGUUUUAUGUCUUAAGUUAGAAUUACUUUAUUAUAUUUCAUGUAGUUAACUGUUUUAUGUCUUUUGUUAAAGAUUACUUUGGGUAAAAGUCCCAUACAAGAACUAGACUACAUUUAUACUUUAAAUAUUUUGAGUGUUGAAACAGCAGGGUUUACAACAACUGUUGUAGUUUUGAAUUUAUGUUUAUGAAAUUUUACCUUCAUAAAAAUCCAACUUUCAGAAAUCCAUGAUAUAUUGUAUUAAUUUGGUUGUUUUAUAUACAUUUACAAUUUAAUGUAUGCAUGCUUUCACUUGAUUUGUUUUAUAGCAGCUUAUGUAAGUUAUAUUUCAUUCACCAUAUGUUGUAAAUGAGAAUAAAUUAACCUUUUGACCAUCAAAGAAGGCUAGAUUUAUCCAUCAUUCUAUGUUAAUGCUAAAUACUAAAUAAGAUUUCUGUUUCCAUUAUUACUGCCAUUUAAUUAAUAUAGGCUGGAAUAUCACAAGGUUGUUUGAUCUAUACCAUCACGUCUGUGAAAGGGUAUUAUUCAUUUACUUGUCAAUCUUUUGACAUACUAAGAUGAAUGGCACAUUUUAGACAACCUGUUGUUCCAGUAUACCAUGCUGCAAGCUUUACAAAACGGGAUGGAUGCCUUGUGUGCAAUACAGAUAAACCUUUGCAGAGCAACAAAUUUGGAGAUUAUUAAGUUUUUACCAAGAGGAAUUGCUUUAAAGAAAUUACGUUCCAGGGUUUGUCACAAUAGUGUUUAAGGCAGGGUUAUGUUUGCAUCUCCAAAUCCACCCUGACUUCUAUUUUUUUUGCAAUUUCAGAGCUAACCUAGGAUAUAAACAGGCAAAGAUCGUUAUUUCAUUGGGAAAUCUAUGAAUUUUGUGAAUCACAAAUGAUGUUCUGUUUGGUGGUUAAUGAGGUUUACCUACAAAGCUACAUGUAGCAUAUGAUGGUCAAAAGGUUAAUGAAUUUUUAUGAAAUGAAAAUAAAAACUCUACAUUGAAACAUAGUGCAUAAUAACACGGCUAACAUACUUUAGAUGCUGUUUUAAAAAAAUAUACUUAGAUAUAUGCUUAAAAAUGUAUUGUUGAUUAUAGCAUAGCCAGUUUGCAUUUAAAUGAAUAAAAACAAAAACAAAUAGUUUGCUCCCUCAAUAAAAGUGGCAGCCAUUUUGGGGAUCAUUACUCAAUAAAACCUAAUUGCUAUAAUAUUAAAAUAAGGAAACAUGAAUUAGGUGAAUUGUCAGAAUCUUUUACAUGAAAGAUAAAUAUUGUUAUUAUACCAAAAUCAAAAAGAUUUGCAUCUCCUUACAUGUAGAUGAAUUUUAAGAUUUUUUAUCGAUGAUAAAUAUGAUAAAUUAGGAAUGACCCUCAAAAUGGUGACUGAUAGAGGAAAUGCAUUCAUCUAAACAUGCUAUUGUUACAUCUUUGUAAUUUCUUGUACAUUUUAUUUUUCAAUUUUAUUUGCAAAUAAUGUUUUUUGUGCAUCAAGAUUUUGCCUGAUACUAUAAACAGCAAUACAUGUAUAUUAAUAUCAUUUCAUUUUUUUUCCUCUUGCCCAUGCAUUUCUUUACUUUCCAGUAUUGAAAUAGGGGAGCACCAUCACUGACAGCUUAUAUAUCCUGUAUAAUUUGUCAUUAAUUUUUUUUUUACUUUACAUAUUUGUUAUUGUUAACUAAAUGUAUAAUUUGCUUUUGCUGAUAAUAGCUUUAAUAUAAACAGAGCUUUGUAUUGGCUUUCAUGUACUGCAUUGUUUCAUAGGAUGAAACUUGAAUUAGUUUUAGUUAUUUUAUGGUAUAUACCAAGUUAGGAGCUGUCAUGACAUUUAUGUUAGACCUUGUUGUUAUAUACAUGACAUAGGGAUGGGGAGGGGAGUGUUGUAUAGGUUUUCUGUUUGUAGGUCUCUAAAUCUUGAUCAGCAAUAACAUAAAAGCCAAAUGACAGUGGGUAGGUGUAAGUAGAUUAUACAUUUUACAAUGUACACUCCCCUCGUUCCUAAUAAUGAUUGCUAUAAAAAUGGAAAUACAAUGUAGUCAAAUUCAGGUCUGACCAGGUUGUUCCUGGGAUAAUUAUAGAAUAAUACAAUGAAUGUUGAAGAAAAUUUAUAUGUGGAGAUAGUUAAUAGCAAUAUUAAGGGUAUGUAUAGUUAUUUAGUUUUUCCAUUUUGUUAAAGCGAUUAUAGCUAAUGUAGAGAAAAUAAUCAAAAUUUAGCUUUAAAAGACUCACAAGUUUAUGAAACUUAGUAUAUAUGUUUAUAUGAGAUAAUAUUUAGAUGGAAAAUGCAUGCUAUUAGUUUAGAUCAUGUAAUGCUGUACAGUAAAAGGGAUUCCAUUGAGGUUUUUUUUUAAAUGAGGGGACCUGAAAUAAUUUUUGAAGAUUAAUGUUCCAUUGGAUUUUGAAUUUAUUUUUAAGUGUAUUUCUGAAUGAUCUAUUGCAUACCUUUCUAUUUUAAGUGCCCGUAAGAAAUUCAAUUUUUAUGUUUUUUAGACCUCAGUGGAGUUCCUUUAAAAGUGUUGCAAUACAUACAUGUAGGGUAUAUCUUUCUCUUUUAUUUCUUGAAAUUCCACAUUUUGUUUAUAUUUAAAAAUUCUAUCAAAAGAAAAAAUUGUGAUAAAAUGAGCAGAUAUUUGGUAAAUAUUUGAGAAGUUUACAUAGCUUUACGCAUAUUUAUAUUAAUAGCAUAUGUUACUUUUGUUGUUAUCUGUAUUUUAUUUUACAUUCCUUUAUAUUGUUUAUUUACAAGUCUCUUUUUUUCAUCUGUGAAAAUAAAAUUUACAGAACAGUU